CCGGAAAGAUGAGGUUGAGGUGGUUGAUUAUGCCCAAAGAGCUCAAUGGCUUCGAGCCGCCGUCCUCGGAGCCAACGACGGCUUGCUCUCGACGGCUUCACUCAUGAUGGGUAUCGGAGCCGUUAGGAAGGACGUCAAGACGAUGCUCCUCACCGGAGUUGCUGGCAUGGUCGCCGGAGCUUGUAGCAUGGCAAUAGGAGAGUUUGUGUCGGUGUACUCACAGUAUGACAUCGAGGUAGCUCAGUUGAAGAGGGAAGGCAAAGAGGUAAACAAAGCCGAGUUGCCGAACCCGUUUUAUGCUGCGGUGGCCUCUGCGGUGGCCUUCGCUGUGGGCGCGGUGGUGCCACUGCUCGGGGCGGCGUUCGUUAAAGAUUACAAGGUGAGGUUAGGGGUGGUUGUGGCUGUUGUGAGCCUUGCGUUGUUGGUAUUCGGAGUUCUAGGCGCAGUUUUGGGAAAAGCUCCGAUGGUAAAGUCAUCUUUGAGGGUUUUAUUUGGAGGUUGGGUGGCCAUGGCAAUCACUUUUGGCUUAACAAAGUCUGUGGGUUCCAUGGGGCUUUGA